GGUCUGGCUUUGGGAAUGGCAAUCGCGGAGCGACCCUGUCGCCUGCUAGAUCCGAGGGGACCCUCUCGCUCACCUCGUGGUGUGUUGCAGUUGGUGGAUCUGAAGGCGGAACUCUUCCGCAAACAAGAAGAAUUCAAGCAACAGAAGCACCUGAAAGAUUCUGGCGUUUGGGAAAAACCAAAGACAACGAAUAAGAAACCCAGCAUCUGGAGCAAGCAGAACACAGGAGUCUCCACCCGGGCGGAGAAGGAUGCCGAACAAAGGGCGGAGGAACAGAAGACGCUGGACAGGGCGAGGGAAAAAUUGGAAGAAAAAGCCAAGUUAUACGAAAAAAUGACUAAAGGAGACUUUAUAGGUGAGUGUGAUAAGCGAUUUCUGACUCCUUGGGAAGAAUUGUCCCCGUUGGAAGACAUAAAGGAAAUAGACUCAGAAGAACCUAAGGAAAUGGGCAGUGGGGACCCAGGGGACAGAGUGAAGUCAUGGACGCUGUGUUUGUGCCCACCUGACAACAUGCAGUGGGUUCCCAGGUGGCGGGGCAGGUUCCUCGGUGGGAGAGUCACCUUUGUAGCCAGAGGCCGAGUGUCAGCUGUGGCCUCAGCCCGUCGUGUGCCCGUGUUGAGAAGCGUGUUCUCGGUGGUGGCUGAGCCCGCAUCCCUUCCUGUCCGGCUCCGUGUCCCUGACCUGGGGACGGGGUGCCACGCCUUCUCACGCCUUGUCACUGAUUGCAGGGUGGAUUACGUGGACUCUCUGGGGCGCUCCCGGCGCUGCAUGAGGAAGGACCUGCCGGCUCUGCUGGAGAUGGACAAGGACCUGCAGGGCAGACUCUUCGUCAGUCCUGCCAACGAGAAGACCCUGCUGUCGGAGGACAUGAGGAAGGAGCUGCAGCGCCAGCAGUGGGAGGAGGAGGAGCGGGAGGCCCUGCAGCGGCCCGUGGGUCCCCUGCACUACGAGGACAUCCGGGAGAACGAGGCCCGGCAGCUGGGCGUUGGGUAUUUUGCCUUUGCCCGAGACCAGGAGCUGAGGAGCAAGCAGAUGAAGACUUUGGAGACGCUGCGCGAGCAGACCACAGAUCAGAGAAUCAAACGGGAAAACAUAAAGGAAAAGCGGAAGGCCCUGUUGGAAGCCAGGCUAGCCAAGCUACGCCAAAAGAAGAUGAAGAAAUCCAAAGAGGACGGGACGGAAGAGGGCGACCCAGACGCAGCUGUUAUUGGGCCUCCGGCUCCAGAACCAGAAGCUGGGCCAGCUCCGCCUCCUGCUGCCCAGAGCAGCAAAGUGGAAGUCAUCAUCCAGGAGAGGAGGGACACCAAGCCCGGAGUGCCACACGUCCGCGAGUGGGACAGGGGCAAGGAAUUUUCCUUUGGAUACUGGUCGAAGAGGCAGUCAGACCUGCGGGCCGAGCGAGACCCCGAGUUUGCCCCGCCAUCCGAUUACUUUGUGGGUCAAAAGAGAACUGGUGCUUGCAGUGGCCAGACGUGGAACAGACCUGGACCAGCACUGGGUGACCCAGGGCAGCGGCCUGGCCAGAGCCAGGAGCCCAGCUCCGCACAGUCACCGUCCUCCUCUGCCCCUGCAGGCCCACCCCAACCCCCCAGGGUCACCUUUGAAACUCUGGAUGAGAUGAUCUCCUAUUACAAGCAAGUGACAUGACCCGGGAAGCA